AUGAAGAGUUUGUCGCUGGAUUCGCCGGAAUGUGGAGAGCUGAGGCGACGUCCAGCGCGCGACCCGCAGCCCGCGCAGGGCAGCCGCGUGCUAUCUCCAUCAUCGCCAGUGCAAAGUCGAAGGUUGCUCAGUGCGCGCGGUGGUCGCAUGAGCAGUGUAGAACUACCCGAUGAGCCUGAUAAGAGCCUGUCUUCGAAUAGUGCCAGUCCUUGUCCAUCACCAGUGAAGCAACAUAGUAAACACCAACGUCUCCUACCAACAAACUUGUAUGUGAUCCUGUACAACUUUAAAUCGCGCCACGCCGACGAAUUGGACUUGAAGGCAGGCUACAAGGUCACCGUGAUCGACACUACCGAUCCGGACUGGUGGAAAGGCAAGUGUUUGGGCAAGAUCGGAUACUUUCCUUCCAAGUACUGCACCAAGCUGCAAGCUGGCGAGCGCCCACUGCAGGUUACGCAUAAUCUCCAGGUAUCGGAUGGCGAUAAUGGGCUCAUGCUGUUGCGCGAUCAGAUUGUUAUCCAAGUUGGAGACGAAGUUGAUGGCAUGGUGAUGAUCCGAUCGGGUGAUAACCGCCAAGGCGUUUGUCCAGUAAAAUUUCUUCAGGAGGUGUGA